AUGCCGGAGGCGUCGCCGCCUGCCAUGGCGCCAGACGCUUCAGCAGCGAAUAAAGGCGGUGGGCGCGGAGAAUCUGGAGAUGCCGAAAACGCGAAUACGCCUCCUUCGGUCGCCAGUCUUUCGCAAGACGCACCACGCGAGCACCCAGCGGCUUCGGCUAUGCCGCCGGCCUCUACUGCGGAGGCCGCAGGCCAGCUUCGCCAGCGCACCGUCCAUCCGGCAACUGCGAAGGCGUGCGAGACUCCUCCGCUUUUGAGCACUGCUACCACGUUUGUGUCGCCUUUCUCCGCUUCAUCUGCGUGUCAGUAUCUCGCGCAGGUGGCGGACUCGUCAUCGGCAUCGCAGAGAGGCGCCGCUCCCGCGACUUUAAUCAGCAGCCCCCCGACAAUUCAAGUUUCCGCCGCGCCUUCGCCUGCGGCUCCACUCGGUCGCGGCGUUCCCACGCGAUGGCAAAUGCCGCGGCUGCGCUCGCUGUUGAAGAAAGGAACGAGCCGUUUCACUAGAAAAACUCUGUGGGACUACUGCGACGAGUGGAAGACGCGCUUCUGGGAUAUGCUCCAGCUCUCCCCCGGAGAACGGGAGGAAACAGACAUAUUUGAGGCAGACAAGAAGGGAAACACAGUCCACCCCUUGCGCCUCGAUAGACCGGCUGGCGUUGAGGGCGACGAUGAUGAUGAGGAACUCGUUCUAGAAGACGAAGAUGACGGACGAAUGAAUAUCUUCCCGCGUCGCUUCGCUUACGACAAACGCGAGAGGGCCUACAUUCGCUCGAACCACUGUCUGGUCACCAGGCGCUUCUCUGAGCCGUACCGACUGGGCAUGACUAUCGUAGCGUCCAUCUGCUCUCUUGCCGCCUUCGGCGCCCUCUUCUGGGAGGUUGUGUUCCCGGCGAUUUUUUUGGGCUCUGCAUUUCGUCCGGUGCCGCUGAUGACAUUUGGAGCGCCUUCGCCUCUCUCUAUUCUACCGGCUCGCGCGUUCGCUCUUUCGGCAUUGACCUGGGCAGCCUGCUUGCUCAUCGUGGCAGCGUCGGUGAGCCUGCCUGUGCUCGUAUUCCUUCAUACAUCUUUCCGCAGCUUCUCGAGUCCUUCAGCGCCCAUUCUUUCUUCUUCCCGGGGGCUAUCUGGUGCGUCCUCCUCCGCGUCGGCGGCGUAUUCUCCUUACUUCUCUCUCGACGCGCCUUUCAACCUUCUUCCGCCCACGCGGCGCUUGAGCGCCGCUUCUCUCCAGGCGCCGCUUCCUGCGCACUCCACUUCGCACUCUGCGUCUCCCUCGUUUUCAUCCUUGCAAGAUGCAGAAGAUGCGUUCCUCGCAUCGACUUUCCUCCGCAUCUAUCACCGCUGCGUCCUCGGCGACUUCCGCGGCGCAGAAACUGUAGCCGAUAGCGCCGCUGCGCUGGCGAGGUCGUCGGAGUGGAGGCAUGAGCAGGAGGUGAAAGUUGAGCAGCGGAGAGAAGACGAAGGGCGGAGGUCUUUCGAGCGAGAGGACGAAGAGCGGACUGGCGGGCGCAGGACAGUCGCCCCCGUAGUCCCGCCCAGGGCCCUCGCAAGAGCGAUGGAGGAUAACAAGAAGCUAUAUGACCAUUUCCAGCGGAAGCGAAGAGAGAGUGAGGCGAGAAAGGCGCUGAUGUGCAGUAUCACCGAUUUCGCGAUGCACCCCUCCGCUGUGAAGCUCCCUUCCAGCGAGGAAGAGGAAGAAAAACGGCAGCUAGCUCCUCUCCUGGCUCUUGAGGACUCCGUCCGCGACCAUAUCGUGCGAUCCGCGAGGAUGCUGGCAUCCGCAGCUAUCGCGUGCUACAUUGCGCGAGCGCUGCUUCUUCUUCCCGUUCAUGAAGCGCGGCUUCUUGUCCCUGUGGGAGGCGAGCCAAGAGGAACUUCGCCGCUGUUUUGGUCUGCGGACGACUCUGUGCGCAUUGUCUCUGCUUCUCCUCUCUCCCUGGCAUCUCCCUUCCCUCUCGUCCUCGACGCCUACGCGCGCUGGCUGUCGGUCGACGUCGCGCCGAUCGUGCUCCUUCUGCAGUUUGCCGCCGCAGCGCUUCUCGUGCGCCCUCGCGAAGAACUCGGCGUCCUGCGGAAACUCAUGCGCAUCAACUGCUUCGUGCUGGUAUGCGCCGGAGCCGCACAACUCGCGUUCUCAGACGCCUCAACGGGCCUGGGUGCGCUAACGAAGGCCACGUGGGUCUCAGAUGCGGUGCAGGCAACACUCGUCAUCGCACUCGGCAUCGCGCUCAGGGCCAUUCUUCUUUACGUUCUUCUUCUGGCCUCCGGACUCCUCGACAAGAGUACGCGGCAGCUGUUUCUCGCGCGCUUCCCGCCGUCGUCUGCGCUCCUUUUUCCAGCCUCGUCUCCUUUCCUCCCAGCUCUGUCGCCGGGCGUCCUCUGCGCUACUUCGCGCACUGCGGCCGCCGCGGCGACGAUUCUGACCCUCGCAAUCAAGAAACACAACUCCAAGGGCGCAGCGGCGAUGCCGCCGUUGAAGAGAGGUGCGGCAGGAACGCCACCCUGCGCCGUUAGCCUCCUCGCGCGUGCAGCGUCCCAGGGUCCUAACGAUGAACUCUAA